CGCUGGAGGAGUGGUGCCGUCCGCCUUCCCAGAGGCCAGCGCGGGGGCAGCAUGGCGGCGCGGCGGGCUGGGGCUGGCUGCUGGCAGUGGGCGCUGUGGCUGGGCCUGGGCCGGCGGUGCCGCCUCCCGGGCGGGCGGGAGAGCUACCGGAGCUCUUCAAGUAGCACUGCCCUUGGGAAGACUGUGGACAGUUCACAAGUAACUCAAGAAGAAAUUGUGCUCCCACGGAGGAAAACAUGGGAUAAGCUCGCAGUGCUCCAGACCUUGGCUUCCACUGUGAACAGGGAUCCUACUGCUGCUCAUUACAUGUUCCAGGAUGACCCUUUUCUGAUGCCAAGAAAUGCAGUUAAUUCUCGUCUGUAUUCGUUGUCAAAGGAGUCUGGGAGAAAUGCUGCAAAAUACAUCAUAAAGAACUUUCCUCAGUAUUUUGACAAGACUUUUGCAGAGCCCAACGUACCAUGCCUGAUGCCCGAGGCUUGCACACCUCGCACGGAGGGACUCAGUGAGGAGGCUCUGAGGGAGCGUGUCCACCUCGGGAUGGUGAAGGAGGCUGUGGACAUGUUUGAUCAGCUCCUGCAGGCAGGUACCCCCGUAUCUCUGGAGACCACAAACAGCCUUUUAGAUUUGUUAUGCUUCUAUGGAGAUGGUGAACCUACUCCUGAAAAAGAGCAGGAAGAAAAAGAGGAUUUGGAAGAGCCAGGGGAGAAUGCUUCAGAACAGAAAGCUCCAAAGAGACAAUUUCAGAGAGGUUCACAGUCAUCUGGCCCCAGAUGGAGGGAGAACAACCAUGCUGAAAGGAUAUUUAAGAUAAUGCCAGAGAGGAAUGCACACUCCUAUUGCACCAUGAUCCGUGGCAUGGUGAAGCAUGGGGCUUAUUCUAAAGCUUAUGACAUGUACAUAGACUUGCUGAAUGAAAGGCACAAGGCUGAUGUGCACACCUUCAAUGCACUGAUCAGAGCAGUCCCAUAUCUAAAGGAGAGAUUCAUAGAAAGAUGGGAUUUAGCCAAGGAGUUCCUGACUCACAUGGUUCAACAGAACGUGCAGCCAACUCUGCUGACUUUUAAUUCUGUGCUGAAGUGUCUGAGAAGAUGUGGUGGUGUGGGCAGAACUAUGUCUUUGUUGGUACUAAAGGAAAUGGAAGCACUUGAUAUAGAGCCCAGCCUUGCCUCCUACGAUCAUGUCCUCUCCGUGUACUACAAAGGCGUUGAUGCUCCAUCAUCAGACAUCAUUUCUGAAGUGGUAAAUGAGAUUGAAAACCGAAGUUUCACUGCCCAGGACCCUGAUGAUGCCAGCUUUUUCACCACCGCCAUGCAAGUGUGCUGUGAGCUUAGGGAAAUCAAGCUUGCCUAUCAGUUAAAUAAGGCACUGGAGAAGGGAGACAACUGGAAAUUCUUGGAUUUGGAUCGGUCAAACAACUAUUGGUCAAAAUUCUUUUCGUUGUUGUGCAUGAUGGAGCAAAUUGAGGUGGUGUUGAAGUGGUACAAAGAAAUGUCAUUUUCACUCUUCUAUCCAACUGCUAAAAAUAUACUGGACCUCCUUCAAGCACUGGAUGCAGCCAACCAGUUGGAAGUGAUCCCUUCAGUCUGGGAAGAUGUGAAACAGCUGGGGUUUAACAGGAGACAGGAGCUGCUGGAAGAGUUCUUGUCUUUGAUGAGCAGGGACCAGCACGCCAGUGAGAUUCAGCUGGCCUUUGCCAAGUGUGCUGAGGAAAUCAAAGCUGCCCAUGAGCCCGCUGGGCCGGGGCAGGUCCCGUUGGAGUGGACAGGGAGUGCUCUGGGCCAUGUCGUGGUGCUGUUUGCCAGGGCCGGGAGGACCCAGGAUGCCUGGAAAAUGAUGGAGUGUUUCCAGAAAAUCAAUAGGAUUCCCAUUGACAAGGUGAUGGACGAGUUCUUGAACUGUGCUAAGCAAACCAAUUGCCCGGAUGAGGCAAUUAAGAUGGUAAAGCUGGCAGCAUCCCUUGGGCUUCCUUCAUCUCAAAGGCUGAAAAGCAGAAUGGAGGAGGAAUUUGAACUCUCUGAACCACAGAAGAAGGCUCUGGAGAGUAUCAGGUGGGACAGUGACAGCAGCGACAGUGACAGUGACAGCAGUGACAGUGACCGUGAGUAGCUGUCCCUCUUGGGAAUACCUGAAGGAAUGGCUGCUGGGAGCUGCUGCAGCACUGAGGAACAGCCCGAGUGUUCUGACACCUCCUCACAUGCCAGCUGGAAGCUGUUAGAUCUUCCUGGAAAUGUGGAACACAGCGUGGGCUGCCCCAGCUCUGCUCCCCAGCACCCCUGCAAGAGCUGCCUCCUGCUCAACAGCAUCCCUGACGGUGGAGGGCUGCAGGGAGAGGGGUGCUGUGCACCCUGGAGGCUUCCAUGGCUUGAACAAGACCUCUCAUGGGCCUCCUGUCACUGAGCCUUGCACCAGAUGCAAUUCCUUUCCAUCUAACUGCUGAACUACUUAAAUACCGAGUUUAGUCUGGCUAGAAACACUGAGGUAAUGCAACACUCAGCACCUGUGGUGGUAUUCCUCAUCUUUUUGGUGUUUGGGACAGGUGUUGGAGUGUAGAUGUUAAAUUACACUUUGUACAGCUGGAGCCUGUCUCUAAUAAAUGGCUGACAUU